UAAUCACGUGAUCAAUUUGACGUUGGUUUUUGGCGUCGUUUGACAUUCCUCUCAUAAGAAAUCUCUGAUGAACAAUUAAAAGAACUUUUUUUAUCCUUCUUUGUUAUGAAAAUUGAAAAAAUAUUUGAGAAUCAUGAGUGCAGCAGAAGCCGAAACGGUCAGCGACUUGAUUCAACAAAUGAUAACGUCCAUGUGUGGAGAACAAAAACCAGAGAUAAUAAGACGAUUCAUGCGGUUCUCCCUGGGCCUCUUAUCAUCGACUCAGGGCGUUGAGGCAUUUCGUGAUGACGAGAUAUCCGUAAUCAAUCAUAUAAAAAAUAAACUUACUACAAGGGAAAAUAUUUACCUUGAAAAAUUAAUGAAUGAUCUGAAAGACAAUCCCCUGAGAAAUCGAGUUGGAAUCCUGGUAUUUCUCCUGCACAUGAGCCAGUCAGGAGAGCGCGACAGAUUUUCCUUACACGAUAUGCGAUUGGGAUUGCCUUCACCGGUGGCAUCAACGAGUGCUCAGACCCCUUCAUCAGGAUCUCAAGCACACAUAGUCGCUCUCAACACACCAGAUUCAAGCAGUCAGGGAACGCCACUGAGCACCAGCAGGAUAUUCAAUGAGGACUGCAUAUCCGAAGAUAUUCUUGUUCAGGAGCUCAUCUACUCAUUCCAGGGCAUUGAGGGGAGAAUAUUAAAGCUGGAUACAACGUAUGGUUUUCAAAUAGGCCAUCAAGCGAAGCUCAAUCGCUAUCACCAACAGGCAGUUCUUCGUCUCAGCGAACUCGGUUACCUGCACAACGCUGUUCGUCGUGGCCUCGAAAGGAUCUCCCCAAAAGGAGCUGGGAGAGUGUCAGACAGCCUCGUCGCUGCCUUACAUAAAGAAUUGUCUGAAUACUAUCGAUUGAUAGCGAUGAUGCAGGAAGAAGUCAACAGAGCACAGGGAUCCAUAGGCUUCGAACCAGUUACCUUGUCCCAUCUUCACCUGUGGGCGUACGAUCCUCUGGAAAGUCUGAAAUGGCUAGCCAGUAUUGUUCGCGCUUGUCAAGAGCAGAAAGGAGGGGCCCUAGCAUCAGUUGUCUACGAAUUCAGUCAUCACGGGGAUCCAAGAGUCCAAAAGCUCGUUAAAAGAAUUCUGGAAAGUGUUUGUGAGCCGCUCUACAACAUGCUGAUUCGAUGGAUCACUGAUGGCAUUUUGGAUGAUCCAUUUCAAGAAUUUUUCAUUGAGGCCCGUCCUAACGUAAAUGGUGACAGAAUGUGGCAUGAGAAGUAUCUAGUCAGAGAUGCCAUGGUCCCCAGUUUCAUCAGCAAGUCACAGGCAAGGAAGAUCCUUGGAACAGGAAAGAGUAUUAACUUUCUCAGAGAAGUGUGCAAAGAUUCAACGCCUCUUCAUGGAAGGGAUGACGAAAUAUUCAGCGAUGGCCCAGGAAAGUGUAAUGUCGAGGCUUUCUUUGAUAUGGAUCCGGACGGGCCCUUGCAAACUAUCAUGGAAGCUGCGUACAAGGAGACGUCCACCAGAGUUGUUGAGAUACUUACAAAGGAGUAUCAACUGAUGGAUCAUCUGCAAGGUAUCAAAGGGUAUUUGCUGCUGGGCCAGGGCCAUUUUGUUCAACAUCUCAUGCAUUUGUUGGAGCCUCAGUUGGCGAAACCAGCGAAUUCCUUGUAUCCACAUAAUAUUUCGUCGGUGUUGGAGACUGCUAUAAGGGCGACUUGCACGAAAAUCGAGGAUAUCGAUGUCCAAAGAAGGCUGGACAUCAGAAUGCUACCUCCAUCGGAGAAUGAAACUGGGUGGGAUGUCUUCAUGCUGGAUUACAAUGUGGAUGGACCCAUUGGAACGAUACUGGAGCCAUGUAGAGGAACGUACCAGGCGGUAUUCUUUUCGCUGUGGAAAGCAAAGCGAAUGGAAUACAUUCUUUCAACGAUUUGGAAGCAUGAGAUUACAACAGCUAAAAUUUUGCGAAAAAUGCCAGAGGUCUUGCCAAUCCAAAAUCUCAUUCAUCUGAUAACAAGUUCAAUGGUGCACUUAGUUCACCAAAUGCAAUAUUAUUUUCUGUUCGAAGUAAUUGAGUGCUCAUGGGAUGUUUUUACAAAUAAUCUGAAACAAGCGACAUCAUUGGACGAUAUCAUUUUGGCUCAUGACAAUUUCGUUGAUUCGGUUAAGAAAGGAACACUUUUGGAUGAAAAUUCUCAGGAAUUGAGAGAUCAGUUGCGUACAGUUUACAAUCCAAUUUUGAGUCUCCAGAGUAUUGAAGAAACAUUUUUAGCGCGGGCUACAGUCGAGUAUGAGGCUAGGAUGAAGACAAAUAAAUUCAUCAAUGUUCAGAGCGAAAAGAGUAAAACUUGGGGUAGAACGACUACUGCGGAUGCCGAUGCCAUCGAGAGAAUGAACGCAUUCUCUAAAUAUCUUACAACUCUGUCGAAACAGUUGAAGGUAUUGUCGAAAACUUAUCAGGAUCAAGUGAAGAAAUUCCUCUUGAUGCUGGCGUCGACUGAGGAUGUAUCUUUGCAACUCUUGAGUGUGCGAUUAGACUUCAAUGAACAUUACAAGAGCAAAGACAGUAGUUUAUUGGCGCCAUUGAUGUACCAACAUCGUCGGCAAAGUGAUCACUCUUUCCUCGUGAGUAAGUGACAGCCAAUAACCGAAUCAGCUACUUCAGAGAAUCCCAGUGAGAUUGGCCACGUUAGAGAAACAAAAAGAGGACUAUUGUUGGACAAUCUCGAGAAAUCGAGGUCUAAAGAUGGUCGAAGGAAGAAAACAAGUGUCAAGAUCAAUUGCGAAGAUUACGUUGAUAAAUCACGCCGAACUAACUUGAAGCACGUUCAGGCAAGUAAAAGAGCCUUUCGAAUAUUCCUGGAGGGAGAAAUCUUGGCACAAACUAAAAUGGAAUUUGCAAAUAAUGCCAGUGAUAUUACAACACCCAUGACACCAUUUGGCUAUCAAGAAGUAGACUUUCCAUUGUAUCCAAAGAAAUUUGCUCUUCUGCCACUCGAAGGAAUGCCGUCGGAUUCAAAGAAAUCUUAUGGUUCUACCCGAUCGGAAAAUCCUCCGGAUGACUUCACACAACUAAAAAUAAACAUUCACGAGAAUCGCUUUUUUAAUCAUCGUAAUGAGCCACACAGCUAUCAUUUAGAGGGGAAAAAAUCAACUCAGAAGAACCAUGAUUUUUAUGACAAAGGUGAACCCGAUAUGCUGCACUGGCAUAUGAAUUCAAGUUUUUGUGAUACAGCUUCUGUCGAGGGCUCAUUAUCCGGUGAUAGCCUCUCUAAGAUUGCACUUUGUAGUGAUGAUGAGAGUGGAAAAUUUCAGCGUUGGUGGAAAAAGAAGAAAAAGAUCUUUUGCUGUGUCGGUUAAUGUCUUUCUUUUUCAUCAGAAAGGAAUAUGUGAAUCUAUUUAAGGUACCGCUUUCUUGGAAAUACACAGGUUUCUGACAUUCAGAACAUCUUGUAAAGUUCUGUCAGUGAAGCAUCUUCAAUUGGUGUUCUCGCACCGCCUUCUGUCGCUGUUUAGUGCACGUUCCGCGAGGUUGAAUUGUUGAAAUAAAUACUUGAAUUGUUGGAACAA